AGAGACCUGCCCAUGUUUCUGUGCCGGCUGCGUCGAGCAGUUGUCGUCGAAUGUAGUUGGUGACUUCGAUCGUCUUCUUACGGUGGUUGGAGGCCUGGCUAUGGCUGGAAUCUAGGACUGCGCACUUGCGCCACAGAUUCCUUCAGUACGCAUUUCGGAUUUGAACGCUGUUUUCGACUGCUUGAUGCCCAAAAGCAAGAGCUUCUUGACAAGACAGAGAGAGAGAUGCUGGGUUUUGGAGAAAAGGUGGUAAUGAUCGUGGCCGUGCUAGUGAUGUUAGGGGUGAGAGGUUCAGGGGCCGAAGGGAGAAAACCAGUGCUCCAUAGGGUUGGAGGAGGACAGAACACAUGGACACCGAGCGUUAACUUCACCAACUGGUCAAGUCAUGAGCAGUUUUAUGUGGGUGAUUGGCUCUACUUUGGAUUCGACAAGACUCAAUACAACGUCCUAGAGGUGAACGAGACGAGCUAUGACAAGUGCAUCGACACAGACUUCAUCACAAACGUUACCAAGGGCGGUCGCGACGUGUUCAAUCUCAUUGACGCAAAGCCUUACUACUUCAUCUGCGGCAGAGGUUACUGCUUCAACGGGAUGAAGGUCGCCGUCAAUGUCACAGUGGCCCCGCCCCUGCCCCCGCCCCGAAGAAAGGCGGUUCUCCUAGUUCAGUUGGCGGUGUGAGUCAAAGGAUGAUCCUUCUCUCGCUGCUUGCUGCUACAUUCCUGCUCUGCUCAUGACAAGCUCAGAGCCGAUAGAGUUUAUUCAAUUAAAUAUCUAGUCACUGACUGUAAUUUAUGAGUUGCGUUUAACAAAGCUUGUGUCUAGCCAGUGCAUGUGUUAAGCUCAUGGCUUUCGUAUAGCUACUGAA